GUGGAGCCCGGCACAGGAAGAGGUGAGGAGCCCCAGCUGGCGUGACAACCGGUGGGCUCGGGGGACUGCAAGAGCCGGUGGGCCGCAACCCCCCUGCCCUGCAUGGGCAGCGCCUCCCCAUCCCUUCCCGCAAGACCUGGCUCCUGCCUUGCAUAGAUCCUGAGGGCUCGAGGCCUGGCCAGCGGGCCACAAAGAAUCCCGGGACAUCCCCCCCACCCUGCCAUCACGCCGCUGCCUCCGCCCACUGGAGCAGGGCUGAGCGUGGGAGCACUGGGAUGGAGCAGCCCCAGCCCCCCAGUCUCAGCCUCCCUAGGACAAUGAGGCCCAGGAGUCAAUUAUCCCGCACAAAGGCUGGUGUCCGUGAAGCCUUGGUUUCUCUCAAAACUCAGCUGCUCCCCAGUUAUGCAUCCUUGGGCAAAUCACUUAACCUCCCUGAGCCUUGAUCCAUGAAAUGGGAGACACAAUGCAAUGGAGAGUCGUGGUGAGAGAUGAAACGAAGGAAGUGCUUAACAGCCUGUCUGGACCACAGGGAGCCCACAACCUGUGGACAAGGGAUGGCCGACCCCCAACCCCUGAGUCGUGGGGCCCGGCAGAGGGGCUGCUGUGGGCUGGACAUCCUGCCUGCUGCAGAAGAUCGCCGAAUUGCCUUCCCAGACUGGCUUCCUUCAUUCGCCCCUUCGUGUGAGUGGACCUGCCUUUCGCCCCCUCUCUAUAUCCAGGUCACAAAUGAGGACACCAGCGCACAAGCAGCUCAGGCGGCCUGCCCAGAGUCACACAGCCACUCCCGGCGGCAAUCCCAGACUCCAUGAGGAAACAGGAGGUGCGGACCGGUGGGGAGGCAGGCCAGGGCCGAGGCCCCGGCCCCCCGGCGGGGCAGGUGAAAGCCCUCGUGGACCUGCUGGCCGGAAAGAGCAGUCAGGGCUCCCAGGCCCCACAGACCCCAGACAAGACACCAUAUGACUCCAGGAUACAGAAGUGCCAGGAGACUCUGCUGAAUAGGGCAAAGGGAAGCCCGGAGCUGGGUGGCCCCUCGCCCAGGCUGACCAGCCUCCUCCUGGUGGAGGGUCUCACGGACCUGCAGCUGAAGGAACACGACUUCACGCAGGUGGAGACCACACGUGGGGACUGGCACCCGGCUAGGACCAUCGCCCUGGACAGACUCUUCCUGCCUCUGUCUCGAGUGUCUAUUCCACCCCGAAUCUCCAUCACCAUCGGGGUAGCUGGCGUGGGCAAGACCACCCUGGUGAGGAACUUUGUCCACCUCUGGGCCCAGGGACAGGUUGGCAAGGAAUUCUCCCUGGUGCUACCCUUGACCUUCCGAGAUCUCAACACCCACGAGAAGCUGUCUGCCGACAGACUUCUCCGCUCCGUCUUCCCGCACGCUGGCGAGUCUGGCCCGGUGGCAGCAGCCCUACCCCAAAUCCUCCUGAUCCUCGAUGGCCUGGAUGAAUGCAAGACCCCCCUAGACUUCUCCAACACCGUGGCCUGCACAGACCCCAAGAAGGAGAUCCAGGUGGACCAUCUGAUCACCAACAUCAUCCGAGGGAACCUCUUCCCAGAAGUUUCUGUCUGGGUCACUUCCCGCCCCGGCAUGGCUGGCCAGAUCCCGGGGGGCCUGGUGGACCGGAUGACAGAGAUCCGGGGCUUUACGGAGGAGGAGAUCAAGGCGUGUCUGGAGGAGCUGUUCCCGGAGGACCACACCCUCUCAGACUGGGUCCUGAGGCAGGUGCAGGCAGACAGGGCCCUGUACCUGAUGUGCACGGUGCCGGCCUUCUGCCGCCUCGCAGGGCUGGCACUGGGUCACUUGAGCCGCAGCAGGCUGGGGCCCCAGGACGCGGAGCCGUGGACCCCCAGGACGCUGUGCGAGCUCUACUCUUGGUACUUCCGGAUGGCCCUCGGUGGGGACGGGCAGGAGAAGGGCAAGGCGAGCCCUCGCAUCGAGCAGGUGGCCCACGGCAGCCGCAAGAUGGUAGGCACGCUGGGCCGCCUGGCCUUCCACGGGCUGGUCAGGAGGAAGUACGUGUUCUACGAGCAGGACCUGAAGACAUUUGGCGUGGAUCUUGCUCUGCUGCAGAGCGCCCUGUGCGGCUGCUUCCUGCGGCGCGAAGAGACCCUGGCCUCCGCCACGGCCUACUGCUUUGCCCACCUGUCCCUGCAGGAGUUUGUGGCGGCCGCCUACUACUACAGCGCCUCCAGGCGGGCCAUCUUCGACCUCUUCACCGAGGGGGGCGUGUCCUGGCCCCGCCUGGGCUUCCUCACGCAUUUCCGAGGCGCGGCCCAGCGGGCCAUGCAGGCAGAGGACGGGCGGCUGGACGUGUUCCUGCGCUUCCUCUCGGGGCUCCUGUCUCCGAGAGUCAACGCGCUGCUGGCGGGCUCCCUGCUGGCCCAGGGCGAGCACCAGGCCUACAGGGCCCAGGUGGCUGAGCUCCUGCAGGGCUGCCUCCGCCCCAACGAGGCCGUGAGCGCCCGGGCGGUGAACGUCCUGCACUGCCUGCGCGAGCUGCAGCACCCGGAGCCGGCCCGCAGCGUGGAGGAGGCCCUGGAGAGCGGGGCCCUGGCGGGGCUCAGCAGCCCCCAGCACCAAGCCGCCCUGGCCUAUCUCCUGCAGGUGUCGGACGCCUGCGCCCAGGAGGCCAACCUGUCGCUGUGCCUCAGCAAGGGUGUCCUCCAGAGCCUGCUGCCCCAGCUGCUUUACUGCCGGAGCCUGAGGCUGGACAGCAACCAGUUCCAGGACCCCGUGAUGGAACUGCUGGGCAGCGUGCUGAGUGGGAAGGACUGUCGCAUUCAGAAGAUCAGCUUGGCUGAGAACCAGAUCAGUAACAAAGGGGCCAAAGCUCUGGCCAGAUCCCUCCUGGUCAACAGAAGUCUGACUUCUCUGGAUCUCCGCAGUAACUCCAUUGGACCUCAAGGGGCCAAGGCUCUGGCAGAUGCUCUGAAGAUUAACCGCACUCUGACCUUUCUGAGCCUCCAGAGCAAUGCCAUCAGGGAUAACGGAGCCAGGUCCGUGGCUGAGGCCUUGGCCGCCAACCGGACCCUCUCUGUGCUGCACCUACAGAAGAAUACCAUCGGGCCUGUGGGAGCCCAGCAGAUGGCCGAUACCCUGAAACAGAACAGGAGUCUGAAGGAGCUCAUAUUCUCCAGUAACAGCAUUGGCGACGGAGGUGCGGAAGCCCUGGCUAAGGCCCUGAAGGUGAACCAGGGCCUGGAAAGCCUGGACCUACAGAGCAAUUCCAUCAGUGACGUGGGGGUGGCGGCGCUGAUGGAGGCCCUCUGUGCCAACCAGACCCUCGUCAGCCUCAGCCUGCGGGAAAACUCCAUCAGCUCAGAGGGAGCCCGGGAGCUGGCGCGAGCUCUCUCCAUCAACACCACCCUGAAGAACCUGGACCUGACAGCCAACCUCCUCCACGACCAGGGCGCCCAGGCCAUCGCGGUGGCGAUGAAAGAAAACCAGGCCCUCAAGUCCCUUCACCUGCAGUGGAACUUCAUUCAGGCCGGUGCUGCCAAGGCCCUGGGACAAGCACUACAGCUCAACAAGAGCCUGACCAGCCUUGAUUUACAGGAGAACGCCAUCGGGGACGAAGGCGCCUCUGCAGUGGCCAGUGCCCUCAAGGCCAACACGGCCCUCACUGCGCUCUAUCUGCAGGUGGCCUCCAUUGGCUCCCGGGGGGCCCAGGCGCUAGGGGACGCCCUGGCCCUGAACAGAACCUUGGAGAUUCUGGACUUACGAGGAAACGCCAUCGGGGUGGCGGGGGCCAAAGCCUUGGCAAAUGCUCUGAAGGUGAACUCUAGUCUUCGAAGACUCAAUCUUCAAGAGAAUUCCUUGGGGAUGGACGGGGCGAUAUGCCUUGCCACUGCACUGUCUGGAAACCAUGGCCUCCAGCACAUCAAUCUCCAGGGAAACCACAUUGGGGAAUCUGGUGCCAGGAUGAUCUCAGAGGCUAUCAGGACAAAUGCUCCUUCGUGCACUGUUGAAAUGUGAGCAAAACAAGUUCCUGGUGGACCCAGCAGGAGGACAGGCAGAGCAGCAGCUGGAAGCUUUGGAAUGGAAAGACCAUUUUCCGGGGCUCCUUCCUGUGGUCUGGGAGUGACGAUGACCCACACAGAAACUGGUCUCCUGCAAGGAGGCAGGAAAGGUGCUGCUGGAGGUCACGAGCAGCUCUCCUGGACCCAGGCCAGUCCCGGCAGGGGUGAGCGGGAUUCUCUGCUACGUCGCAGAGCAGGGAAGGGCUCCAUCAAUGACACAGGCCUUAAAGCUCAGCAGCUAAGAAGCCGGUGUGAACUCGUUUAUACCUGGAGGUCUUCACGCGCCCCUAACUUAUUACUAUUGCCCUUCUUCGCUGGUCACAGCUUCCAACUCUGAAACGAGCUGCCACCUUCGAGCCUAUACAGGGGAUCCAUCUGGCAUUGGUGACAGAAGGGACCUCUUUUUUCUCAAGAAGAAUACAAGGUCUUAGGAGUAUGAUCCUUAGAGACACAUAGAAAAAUUAUGAGAAUAUUUUUGAAGAGAAAUGAAGGCUUUCAUUACAGGAUUCUGGAGAAAAAGACAAAAAAAGUUGUUGUCCAAGCUUCUUGCCAUCUUUUAUCCAUUACAAAAUCUCUCAAAGGCACAGAUUGUCUGGUAGACGAGACGUGGGGUCUGGCACACGGGUUAUCAACAGCACGGUAAAUGUAGAUGUCUUCAUGAUGUUCCUCUACGCUGGCUUCCAAAGCACUCCUGUGCGUGAAGUUUCUCCAGGAAGACGAGCAAGCUGGGCCUCCACGUGGUACAGGUUCCCUCGGUGUCUGUCUGUGAGGAAGGGGAAAAGAUCCCGAUGGACGCCACAGCUCUCAUGCACUAAAUAACCAGGGAAAUGCUUAUGAAGAUUAUGAUGCAAUUCUCACUUUAAAGUUUGAACAGGAAGCACUCUUCUAAAUGGGCCUUUAAAACUGAGUAUUUGGGCAAGAAUCCUCGAUGGAUGCUAAAACUAUGGAUGAAAGUCUUAUCAAGGGAGAAGAUACUCGCCCGGCCUCAAAAUUUCACCCCAGAAGGGAUAGCUCUGAAGGGGAAAAAUGCAUCUUUAAAGAUAGAUAAUUCUGCAAAUGCUUUCUUAACAAAUGAUUAAACUUAACAUCACCGAUAAGGGGCCAGAUGGACACAACAGGCCUCCGACAGGACGCCUGGAGGACACACCAUGCCAAAGACACUGAUUUGAGCCCAUCAGGAAGGUACAAUUGGACAAAAUCCAAAUCAAGCAGCAUUCUGCAAAAGAUAAUAAUAAAAACUAGUCUAACCUCUUCAAAAAUGUCAGUGCCAUGUAAAAUACAAAAGGCUGUGGACUAUUUUAAACUGUAGGAGAUUGAAGAGAUGUUAACUCCUUAAUGCCAGAUCUCUGAGUGGAUCCUUGACUGAAGAAAAACAAUCCACCAUAAAGAAAAGUUAUCUGGAAACAGGGGAUGUCUGAACAUAGGUUUUUUGUUGUAUUUAUGUGGAUUGCUGGGUUUGGAAACACUUUUUUUGCUGGGUAUAGAAUUUUAGGCUGGUAUUUAGCUCUUGGUACUUUCAAGAUGCUGCCCUGUCUUCUGGUGAAUGCAGCGUCUGGCUGCGUCCACCUAGUCACGAACCUGACGGAUCAAGUUGCAGUAGCCCAGCGGUGGAGAGAGCUGUGCCGUGCAGGAAUCCAGCGCCAGGCAAACCCCAGGCCAUGAGAAAAAUCAUGCUCUCCAGGGACUCAAAGAGCAAGCCGCACCAAAAUGGGAAGGAAAGCCCCCUCCUUCUCCAAAGUCUCCCUAGCAGCCUACUGACAAGGCCCCCGCUCUUGCCCGCUGGCAGAGCAGAGACAUUUUACAAGGAAUAGCUCCACCACCACGGGGCAGGACAGAGGGGAACUGCACUGAGGCAGUAAACCCACAGCCAGGGUGGUGGGACUUCUCGUUUUCUCAUUUUGAACAGUUUCGACUCUUGCGUCUUCGUGGCCAGUAUGUUGUUCACUUCUGCCGUGACUCAGUCCCAGUUGGCACAGUCUUUCUCUCACUUUUUUAACCUCCAGAAGUUCGGAGAUGUCCUCACAUCUUCCUUAUCUCUUCUUAAUAUGCUCAAAUCUCCCUCUACCAUCUCAGUAAAAGGACGAGAGUUAAAAAUAUCUGAAUGUCCUUUUUUUUUUUUUUUAAAGAUUUUAUUUAUUUAUUUGACAGGGAGAUCACAAGUAGGCAGAGAGACAGGCAGAGAGGAGGAAGCAGGCUCCCUGCAGAACAGAGAGCCCAACGUGGGGCUCGAUCCCAGGACCCUGGGAACAUGUCCUGAGCCGAAGGCAGAGGCUUUAACCCACUGAGCCACCCAGGUGCCCCAGUCUUUUUUUUUUUUACACUAAUUCUAUCAUCUGUCACUUCCAGGUUGUUUCAUUUGAAGGCUAUUGUGAUCCAACUCCUGAGACAAUGUCUUCAUAUUCUGGGUACUCUGAUGCCCAAAUCAAAAAUCUAUUUUGGGGCCUUAUCUACAACAGACACUAUAGAAAUCCCUAUGUAAAAGAUCGUGACAUCAACCAAAGCCAUCUCACUCUAAAUGGUAGCAUACGGGGCACCUGGGUGGCUUAAUCAGUUAAGCAUUUGCCUUCAGCUCAGGUCAUGAUCUCAGAGUCCUGGGAUCAAGCCCUGCAUCAGGCCUGCUUGGCAGAGAGUCUGUUUCUCCCUCCACCCCUCCCCCUGCUUAUGCUCUCUCUCUUGAAAUAAAUAAAUAAAUAAAAUCUUUUAUUUUUAUUUUAUUUUGUUUUUUAAAAGAUUUUACUUAUUUAUUUGACAGAGAUCACAAGCAGGCAGAGAGAGAGGGGAAAGCAGGCUCCCCGAUGAGCAGAGAUCCCGAUGUGGGGCUUGAUCCCAGGACCUUGGGAUCAUGACCUGAGCCUAAGGCAGAGGCUCAACCCACUGAGCCACCCAGGCGCCCCUAAAUAAAAUCUUUUAAAACAAAUGGUAGCAUCAGCCCAGCUGGUUAUCUGGUGCAUACAUUUUCAAUACAUAGUACAAAUUAAAACAGAAUGACCUCUAAUGAAGCCUUUGCUUCAUCAAUUACACACACACACUCUCAUAAUAAGAUCCAACCCCCUCCCCUUCCACAAGCUCGUUCCUUCCAGUUAAAAGAUCAUGCUCAAGUUUUCUUCUCAAAAAACAAAACAAAACAAAACAAAACAAAACAAAACCUCCCCCGCCCUCCACAAUGUUCUUCAACCACAUGUUCCUCGGCCGGCCGAGCCCUCCUUUCUCUUGUGACCGCCCACCUUUCUGAACACUUGUCAGGACUCACUGUGUUCUCUUUAGCCGAUCUCUGGCUACCUGACUGCCUCUGGCUAAGGUCACUGGAGAUUCCCUAACUGCCAAAUUCAGUGACCUCUUGGACUCAAGCUCAUUUACGACAAGGGUUUAGCACUUGCUGCCUUUCCCCAUUUGGAGAAUCUCCCCUGCUUUGGUUUCCACACCACAGCCUUCCGGUCCUCCUACCUUUUCGUUACCCCUCUUCUUCAACACUCUUUAAGGGAAAAUAAAACAUUUCUUCCUCAUAAUUAAAGUAAAAUACAGUCACUUUAAAAAACUUAGAAAAUACUGUCCCAGUCUCUUCUUCUGGUCCCUUGUGGCCUUUGCCCCUGAGACACAGGCACUUCCCAGGCCUCCACUUGGCUCUUCCCAUCCCGUAUGUUCUCCCCUGAGGACUCUCAUAGGAAAAUGAUGCUCAAACCUCAGCCUCCAGCCCUUACCCUUUCCUUUACCUUUACAAAAAUUCAUCGAAACAUCCAUAGUAACACAUGGUUUAAAAAGCCCCAAAUCACUAGGCUUGUAAGGGCAAAUGGCAGUCUCUCUCUCGUCCCUCCCCUUUCCGAAUACCCCUACUCCCCAAACUAAAUGUCCUGUAUGUGCUAUUUCUUACCAUCUUAGAGAUUAUCUCUUGCCUUCUAUACGGGAAAGGACACUUGGAUGUCCAUCAGCUUACAUCCCCCCUUUUUGUUUCUCUGUCCUUCCAACAUAGUUAUUAGAGUAUGAUUUUUGUUUAAAUCAUUAGUGUUUACCUUAUGACUUUACCUGUAUUCAUCACUCCUGAGCCAUUCUCGCCUAUCUGAUUAUAUUGUUCUUUUUAGAAUGAACAGUGCAUCUUCCAAAAACUUAAUUUCCUAUGUUACUAUUGCUUAACCCUUCCCAGACUGCCCAACAGAAGUGUAAAGUCAGAACACUGUGUGUCAGACCCCCGGGUUUCCCAUCAGUGACAUGUUUCCCUGAUGACAUUCUUUCCUGAGCACUCUGUGCUCCCUAUUUAGUCACACCGUUACUGCAAGGAAGGGCUUCUGCUCUGGGCAGUUUCAGUUCUCUUCCAAGGCUGCCAGGCCCGGUUCAGGCACCUAAGAGCCCCCGCGGGGGCCAAUCCAACAGCUGGGAUACUCACGCAGUGUGCUGUUAUCAUCAGAGGACUCCGCUUCCUUUCAGAUGGGUGACGUUGACAAUUACAGUUAAGAUGCUACCAAAAGAGCACCUGCAGGUCCUUCUCCCGUCCCGGCUAUACGGGAAACAGUUCUUGAAUCGCCCAUUGGAGGAAGUCCUUGGACUUUGUUCUCAUUGCUGCCGCCAAUAAAAAUUAAGGACUUAAAAAAUCCCUUUACGAUGUCCGUCAAUAUACAUGUUGUAAAGCAUUUUAAGAGGUCCUUUAAUGACACAGUUUAAAACAUUAACAACUGUUGGGGCACCUGGGUGGCUCAGUAGAUUGGGCCGCUGCCUUCGGUUCGGGUCAUGAUCUCAGGGUCCUGGGAUCGAGUCCCGCAUGGGGCUCUCUGCUCAGCAGGGAGCCUGCUUCCCUCUCUCUCUCUCUCUGCCUGCCUCUCCAUCUGCUUGUGAUCUCUAUCAGAUGAAUAAAUAAAAUCUUUAAAAAAAAAAAACAUUAACAACUGUUGACAAUGAUCUAAACACCAGUUUUCCACUGAUCUACUCACACUGUCUUCUCUGGGGCCUGAGUCUGCUCUGAUGCUUGGCUAAAACCAAGGACACGAGGUCCCAAAGCACGUGCACAAUCUGACUGCUGGGUCUGUCACAGGAGGGACAGACGUUAGUAACUGUGAUCAGUGCUUAAAGCUCCUUGGCUGACAUAAGCUGCUUGAGCAAGCGGUGAGACUGCGCAAAACAGGUAACCGAGGGGUGAAGGAUGACCCAGAGGGAGGUAAAAUAAUAAACCACCCACUGCAUGGGCACCUCUAUCUGUGGAGGGGGCUUACCUGCGGCGUGGGCACGCUCCUGCCGUAAUGCCCACGCAUUACGCCAUGCGUAGGAAGCGCCAUGUAAAGAAGACAGAAAUGCCUUUUUUUUUUUUUUUUUUUAAAUAUAAGGCAGGUCGGACUCAGGAAACCAAAACUAGAACAUCCAAGAAGACGCAGUGACUUCCACACCUCAGAAGCCACAGCUUCUGAGGGGUCAGCGCGGCUCCCGACACUCCCAUUUCCCUGUUUCCUCAUCAUUCACAUCUCAAAUCUUCAGUGAAUUAACUGAAUGGUGAAUGUUUAAAAAAGGGGUAAUCUCUUAUGUAGGAAUUAGGAAAAGAAAGAGACAAAAGCAAAGAUAGAAAUAAUUGUCACAUCAUCUCCUAAAAAUUUACAUGUACCACAGUAACCUAUGAGCUUCUCCUAUGUAUUUACGUUAUAGUGCAAAUAAACAACAUAAUUAUA